UGUAUUCUGAAUUCUUUUCACUUUCCCACCAGACUACAUGUGGACAGAACAAGACAGUGGUGAUGAAGUUAUUUCUCCUGGGAUUUGGUGAUCUCCAAAACAUGAGCACUUUUAUUUUUAUUUUGUUCCUCCUCAUUUAUUUUACCACGGUAAUAGGUAACAUCCUAAUUAUAGCCUUGAUAGCUAUCAGUCCAAGACUCCAUUCCCCCAUGUACUUUUUUAUUUGCAAUCUAUCCGUCUGUGAGAUGUUUUUUAUCACCAUAAUCAUGCCGAACCUGCUGUACGUCUUAUGGUGGAAUGGCAGUUACAUGUCAUUCUAUGCAUGUAUCACCCAACUUUAUGUGGGGUCAGCAACAGGUAGUGCAGAAUGUCUCCUCUUAACAGUUAUGGCGUAUGACAGACAUUUGGCCAUAUGCAACCCUUUAAGGUACUCUUCCAUCAUGAACAUUAACACUCAAAACCAUCUGGUUGUUUGGGCUUGGAUGACUGGAUUCAUAGUUCUGGUGUCAUCAACAAUAAUAAUCUGCAACCUACAGUUCUGUGGUUUGAACACCAUUGACCAUCUGUUUUGUGACCUGGCUCCAAUUCUGCGGUUGUCUACUUCAGAUACUUCAGUGGUGGAAACAGAAGUUUUUUUAAUCAUCCUUAUUCUGAGCCUCUUACCAUUCGUCUUGAUUAUUUUGAGCUAUGCCACCAUAUUUUACACCAUCCUUGGAAUUCCUUCCAAAACGGGAAGACAAAAAACGUUUUCUACGUGUAGUUCCCAUUUAGUAUCUGUCUGUGUCUACUUUGGGACAAUCUUCAUCAUUUAUUUGGUUCCUUCACAACAAAACUUUAUAAAGAUUAACAAGUUGCUUUCUCUGUUGUAUGUUGUUGUGACGCCUCUUCUUAAUCCAAUUAUAUAUAGUCUAAGAAAUAAGGAAAUGUUGGAUUGUUUUAGAUAUUACUUUGCUCUUAUUAUUCUAAGGUAA